CUGCACGAUGCGGGUUGGGAAGGGCAUCCACCCCGAGGGCAUGCCCGGCUGGUGCCAGGGCUUCUCACUGGACGGCGGCAGCGGAGUCCGAGCGCUCAAGGUGAUCCAGCACGGGAACCGACCCGGCCUCAUCUACAACAUCGGCAUUGAUGUUAAAAAAGGCAGAGGCCGUUACAUUGAUACCUGCAUGGUGACGUUUGCGCCCCGCUACCUGCUGGACAACAAAUCGUCCCACAAGCUCGCCUUCGUGCAGCGGGAGUUUGCCCGAGGCCGGGGCGCGUCCAACCCCGACGGCUACAUCUCCACCCUGCCUGGCUCCAGCGUGGUGUUCCACUGGCCGCGCAAUGACUACGACCAGCUGCUGUGCGUGCGGCUCAUGGACGUCCCCAACUGCGUCUGGUCGGGCGGCUUCGAGGUCAACAAGAACAGCUCGUUCCACAUCAACAUGAGGGACACGCUGGGGAAGUGCUACUUCUUGAGGGUGGAAAUCACCCUUCAAGGAGCCACGUACCGCAUCGCCUUCAGCGACACAGACCAGCUGCCGCCACCUUUCCGCAUCGACAACUUCUCCAAGGUUGCGGUCGUUUUCAGCCAGCACGGCGUGGUGGAGCCGCGGCUCCGCACCGAGGUGAAGCCGCUGAGCUCGCUGGACUACGCAUGGGACGAGCCCGCGCUGCCGCCCUUCGUGACGCUCACGGUGAAGGGGGCCGGCUCCUCCGAGAUCGUCUGCAGCAUGAACGACUUCCAGGACAGCAAGCAGCUCUACUACGAAAACUUCAUCUACAUUGCUGCCACCUACACCUUCUCAGGUUCACAGGAGCCAAGUGCCAGACCAGUGGCUUCCAGUAAGGAUGCUGCAUGUGCAGAGCUUGUCCUCGAUGUUUCUCCAAAGACUCAGCGAGUUGUGCUGAAAAAGAAGGAGCCAGGGAAACGAUCCCAGCUGUGGAGAAUGACGGGCACGGGGAUGCUUUGCCACGAAGGCUCCUCGGUUCCCCAUAACCCCCACAAACCUUCUCCUCGCUCCGUGGACUCGUCUCUGAUUUUGGAUAUCGCCGGUCUGGCGGCUGUCACGGAUAACAGGUUCGAGCCCCUGAUGCUGAGGAAGCCCGACCGACGGCGCAGCACGACCCAGACAUGGAGUUUCUGUGGAGGGAAGUUAACCUGCGGUAUCCAUGGCCUGGUUGUCCAGGCAAAGGGAGGACUCCGAGGUCUGCACGAUGGAGCCGAAGUUGUUCUUGGUCCCGACACCUCGCUGGAGCUCCUGGGGCCGGUGCCGCCCGAGCAGCAGUUCAUCAACCAGAAGAUGAGGCCAGGCUCGGGGGUGCUGGCUGUCAAGGUGGUCCCGGACGGGCCCACGCGGGUGCUGCAGAUCACGGAUUUUAACCAGCGCAGGAACGAUCGUAUGGCCGGCGAAGGAGAUGAGCUUCCAGUUACGGAGCAAGAUCUGCGCAAAUUGAAAAAUCCAGACACAGAGCAGGAGUUGGAAGUGCUCGUGAAGCUGGAAGGUGGAAUCGGAUUGUCUUUGGUCAACAAAGUUCCCGAGGAGCUGGUGUUUGCAAGCCUGACCAGAAUUAACGUGCACUACACGCAGCUGUGCAGCAGCCAGGUGCUGGAGCUCAGCGUGCAGGACGUGCAGGUGGACAACCAGCUCAUUGGCACCACGCGGCCCUUUAUGCUCUUCCUGACGCCCAAGAUGAGUGAGAACGAGCCCCUGGAGACCGGUCCUGCCGUGCAAGUGAACGCAAUGAAAUUCCCCAGCAAAAGCACGCUGACGGAGAUCUACAAGCACCUGAUGAUCACUGCUCGCAGGUUCACCGUUCAAAUCGAGGAGAAGCUGCUUCUGAAGCUGUUGAGUUUCUUUGGCUACGACCAGGCUGAGUCAGAGGUGGAAAAGUAUGAUGAAAACCUCCAUGAAAAGGUGGUGGAACAAGGUGGAGCACAAAAGCGAUACUACUUUGAAAAUCUGAAAAUCAGCGUGCCUCAGAUAAAGCUGAGUGUCUUCACCUCCAACAAGUUGCCCCUGGAUCUCAAGGCACUGAAGAGCACGCUGGGGUUUCCCCUGAUCCGCUUUGAAGAUGCCGUCAUCAACCUGGACCCUUUCACCAGAGUCCACCCGUACGAGACUCAGGAGUUCAUCAUCAACGACAUCCUGAAGCACUUCCAGGAG